AAACAAACCUGCAGGUUUAUUUCACCCACUGAAAAAACCAAGACCUGAGAACUCGUCAGCUGGUCAACGACUCUUCAGCAAAUCAGUUUCUGCUGUUGCUCUGCUGCUCUGAAGUCGACCAACACGGACAGAAAUGUUGCCGUUGCUGUUGCUGCUGGUUGCGUCCUCAUCCAGUGCUCAGCAUGUGGAGAGGAACCAGCCACCAGAUGAAAACGUUUCCUUCCUGAAACCAGAUCCAGCAGAUGAUGUUGCUAAGAUCAGAGCUAACGUGUCUGUCUCAAUAAUCCGACGUGUUCUGACUUCUGCUCCGUUCAGACAGAAAAUCCCAGUUAACUCGACGCUCCCAGAGUUCGGUAGUACAGGAAAACUGCAAUGGGUGACAUGGAAUGGUUCCCCUCCAAAUGGAUUCGUUUCCAUUCAGAACAGCUACGCCGAUCGAAUCGACUACAUCUGCAAAGUCGGAUGUCAUUCUGGGUUUUACAACCCCAGCAAAGGCUCUUACUGCCACUACCCCAAUAAAAAAAAAGAGCAUCGUUCCUCCAGCUUUCAAAUCCUUGUGAAUGAAGAUAAUUUUGAGAUCUUGCAGUGGAAGGAAGGUUCUUAUGGUUCUGUUCCACAGAAUUCAGUCAGAACCUGCUCCAGUGAGGAAAUGUAUGUAGGGAAGAACAAGUACGGACUGGGGAAGGUUGAUCCGAAAGAUAAAUGUUUUUAUCUCCCCUGGAAGGGGAAGGAAUAUCGGUACAAGAAGAGCUAUGAGGUUCUGACCCACAUGAAGGCUGAAGAUAAUCUCAUCUCUGAUGUCAAAUAUCACACAAAUCAAGCUAAAAUAUUGAAAGAACCUCCAAAAACCCUCCAAAGCUCUACUACUACCAACCAGGACCUCAAUCCUGUGACAAAAACAGUUUCUCUGACUAAGACAACCACAGAUGAGAGACAGUGGGACAUCAGCUCCUCCAUCACUGCCGGUGUAAAAACGUCCAUCACUACAGGAAUUCCCUUCAUUGUGGAUGGAAAUAUUGAAAUCAAUGCAGAGACGACUCAUACGUUCUCAGGUGGAAAUACCUGGACAGAGCAGAUCUCCCACUCUGUGUCGAUACAGCUUACCGUACCACCAAACCACAGCUGCACAGUAAAGAUGGUUGGUUAUCAGUACAAGAUGGACGUUCCCUUCACCGCCGUCCUCCAGCGAACCUAUGAAGACGGAGAGACCAGAUCAGUUACCAUCUCUGGAAAUUAUCACGGAGUCCAAGUUGGAGAAAUUAGGGCCGAGGUGGAAAGGUGCAAACCUUUGUCCGGUUCUCAAGCCUUUCAAAACAAAAUACAGGAAGCAAACUGAGAAACUAUAACGCAUAGCUAGUACAGCUUUACCAGGCAUUUGAUUUAGAGCUUCAGCUUCAUUUAUGCUUUUUAAUUCAGACUAUAAAUGUAAUCAGUAGGAGUGUAACUGUCACACAGAAUAUUUCUGGUACAUUUCAGACC